AUGUCUCUCAAAUGGACUCCGACAUGGCUUGGCAACCCUGGACUAUGCAAGUUGAAUUUCCUGCUCAGUCUAGUCCUUCUCAGCAGCGCGUACCAAGGAUUCGAUAAUACUAUGAUGAGUGGUCUGCAGAGUAUACCCAGUUGGCAAGAAGAUAUGAAGAACCCGAGAGGAGCUAUCUUGGGCUUGUUAAACUCUGUGCAGAAUGUAGGCGCCAUUAUUGCGCUCCCUUCAGUGCCCAUCCUAGUCGAUCGCCUAGGCCGCCGUCACUCGCUUGCCUUUGGAGCAGGUGUGCUUCUGGUCGCGGGUGUCUUGCAGGGAACGGCAUUUAGUGUCGCCCAAUUUAUAGUCGCUCGAUUCCUGAUCGGCUUUGGAUUGGCAUUUACAAUCGUCGCCUCGCCUCUUCUCCUCGUCGAGCUUGCACUCCCGCAACAUCGUGGUGUCAUCAUGGGACUAUUCCCUACAGUAUACUACGUAGGGUCUAUCUCUGCUGCAUGGAUAAUCUACGGGACUAAUAGCAUGUCGAAUUCAUGGGCAUGGAGGAUUCCGAGCUUGUUGCAAGCUGCUCCUGCGCUGGUCCAGAUAUGGGCUAUUUACUUUGUACCCGAGUCACCGAGAUGGUUGAUUUCCAAGGGGCGUGAUGAUAAAGCAAGACAGAUUUUGGCCCGUUACCAUGCAAAUAACGUGCUCGACGAUCCCAUUGUUGCGCUUGAAUAUGAAGAAAUGAAAGUCGCGAUUGUGCAAGACGAUCACUACAAGCAGCAGGGAAGCUGGAAAGAUCUGUAUCAAACAGCAGCUAACAGGCGGCGGAUGAUCGUUGUGUGUUUUUGUGCUUUAUUUAUCGAGGUAUCUGGCACCGGUCUAGUGAGCACCUACAUCCACACGAUCCUCGACAGUGUUGGCAUUACGGAUAGUCGCACACAGACUAUUUUCAAUGGGUGUAUUUCCAUAUACAAAUUCGUCAUUUCUACGGUUGCAUCGCUGUAUGUUGAAAAGGCCGGCCGACGUCCGUUAUUUAUCAUCUCAACAGCAGGAAUGCUAUUCUCGUUCAUUAUCUGGACUAUUUUGCAAGAAUUGUACAGCAAGCAUGCAGAACCUGGAUAUGCGCGAGGAGUUUUAGCCGCCAUUUUCCUCGUCAAUGGCUUCUACUGCAUCGGUUGGACGCCAUUGUGGUCUUAUCCCUCAGAGAUCCUUACCUACGAGACCCGGUCUCGCGGCGUCACCGUGCAGACGGGAUUACUACAUAUUACGGGAUUUUUCGCCACGUUUGUGAAUCCAAUUGGACUGGAGAAUGCUGGUUGGAAGUAUUAUGUUGCCUACGUGGUUUAUACGUUUAUAGAGUUGGUGGUUGUCUGGUAUUUCUUCGUCGAGACUCGAGGAUAUACAUUGGAAGAAGUCACUGUUAUCUUCGACAAGCCGGACUUGACGUGGAAACAACGACGGAACAUGCGAGUUACUUCUAAUGAUAUUCACGACCAAAUACGCACUAUAAGGCAUGUUCCAAAGGGUGACAAUGUGGAGGAAAGAGAUACAGCAGUUGAAGCCCCAUAUAAAGGAUAGCCAUAACCUUACCUUUCACAGGCUGAGGUAGCAAUUGAAUGACCC